AUGGAGGAGGCGGAAAAAGGGGAGGUCUUCGAGAGGAACACCAAGCCUUGGCUGGACAGCCAUCCGGGGGAGACCUCGGAUGCGGCCGGCGUGUUCACCGACGACAUCAUCCUGGAGAUCCUCUCCCGCCUCCCAGCCAGAUCCGUCCACCGCUUCAAGUGCGUUUCCGUACCCGGGCGCGACCUCAUCACCGACCCUGCCAACCGCAAGAAGCUGCCCCAGGCCCUCGCCGGCUUCCUCUACAUGUCCUUCCGCAGCGUGCACCACCACCACUUCGCCAGCGUCUCCGGCGGCGCAGCCCCGUUCGACCCUUCCGUCCCUUACCUGCAACCAAACAAGUACAAGGACAUGGAGCAGGUGGACGCCUGCAAUGGCCUCCUUCUCUACCGCGGCUGCACCAAGAAUUUGCCCCCUUGGGAUUGGAAAGAGGAUGAUUGCCGUUUUGUCGUGUGCAAUCCUGCCACUGGCAGCUGGGUGGAGCUGCCCCCUCAACCUCAACUGCAAGAGCCGGUGAAAGGGCGUAGCCGUGUCGCAGGUUUGGCUUUUGAUCCGACGGUCUCAUCCCAUUUCCAUGUUCUUCGUUUCGAGGAGGCAGACUCGUCGAGCGUGACAGGAGUCAGCAUCUACUCAUCGCGGACAGGAGCCUGGAGUCAUAGGGACAGGGCGAUGGCUGAGGAAGUUACGCUGUCGUAUAGCACUAGAUGUAUCUUUGCUGGCGGCGUGCUCUACCUGAUGGGCUCCCUUCAAAGCACCAACAACGACCAUGUACUGCUGGCAGUGGACAUGGCUGGGAAAGUGUGGAAGACCAUCAGUGUGCCGUAUCCCCGAAGAUUUGCUAUGAUUGGAUCGUCCCAGGGGUGCUUACACUAUGCUAUAGCUUCCGUCAGUGAUAACAACAACAUCCUAGUUUCUAAGAUAGAACUCUGGUGCCUCAAGGAUUGUGAUAGUAAAGAAUGGGUCCUCAAACAUACUGCCAGCAUCGAUAAGAUUAUGGGCAUGACUAUGAAGAAUUACAGGGUGAUCGGGAUCCAUCCAGACUGCAACACCAUUUUCUUGGUUCCAUGUGGAGGUCAUACCUUGCUACCGUAUGAUAUGCAACAUCAGAAAGUUGGAUGCAUCCUUAAUCUUGAGAAAAACAGUACACAACGAUUUCUACCCUAUGUUCCUCUGUUCUCAGAGUCAUUAGCAGAUGCAAAUGGCCGGUAG